AUGACUGAAGGAGUGCCAAAGUCAGCGCAUGCAUGUCUGUGGGUGGAGGGAACUCCGCUGAUGAAGUUUGGGAAAGAGAGGGCGGACAAAGAGAAGCGCGAGGCUGUGCGGAUCGGGAGCGCUCGCGCUCAACCAGCAGAUCUGGGAACUCACGGUGGGAGUUGGUGGCCAAAAGGUCGGUUCAGAGCAAUGUCUGUCAUACCAUCAGUCACAGAUGCAUCGUGUCACAGGAAGAGCUGGCAGGUGCUUGUAUGGGUUGUGAUGUCUCUGCUGCCCCUGGUGGCAGGAGGCAGGUCAGGUUUCAGAACAGAAUCCGAAGUUGCGGUGGGAUUCAUUGGCACUGGAGUGGAGGAACCGCCUUUAGAGACUCUUCCGGACAUUGAGGAGGACAUAGACGAGGGCAGUGACUCUCCAUGGCAGGGUCUGUUUGAGCCAUCUGUGUUUGUUGAGGACGACCAGCAGCCGGCUCGAUGGGAACGUUCCCGCCGGUCACCAGUUACCACUGACAUACAGACCAAAGGUGCACGCAAAAAAAAGAAGAAAAAAGAGAAGGAAGAAAAGAAAAAGAAAGACAAAAAUAACGGGAGGCGGCACAGCAGUCGGGAAUGCCGCGUGGAAAAACGGGAGAUGCGCGUACGGGACCUGGGCAUGGGCUUUGACUCGGACGAGAUCGUCCUUUUCAAGUUUUGUGUCGGUUCUUGUCAGAGGUCUCGUGGGAAUUACGACCUGGCUCUGCGUGCUCUGCUGGCCAAUGGGAGUUUGCCGAAACGCACAGCCAGGAAGAUCAGCGCUCACCCUUGUUGCCGCCCGACGGCCUACGAGCCGGUCUCCUUCAUGGAUGCUACCACUACCUGGAGAACCAUCAAAUCCCUCUCUGCUGCAGACUGUGAAUGUGUAGGAUGAGCCAAGCUGGUAGAGGGGAGGGGGAGCAUGACCUGAAGAUAUGGUGCAAUGCCCAAAGAGAAGGAGGAAUCAGGAAGCCUCCCGGGCCAGAGUUACAGAACGAGGUCAGGCAAGGUUGGCCCUACCACUUCCUGGUGAACCAUCAAAUCCCUCUCUGCUGCAGACUGUGAAUGUGUAGGAUGAGCCGAGCUGGAAGAGGGGAGGGGGAGCAUGACCUGAAGAUAUGGUGCAAUGCCCAAAGAGAAGGAGGAAUCAGGAAGCCUCCCGGGCCAGAGUUACAGAACGAGGUCAGGCAAGGUUGGCCCUGGUUGAAAAGCUGCGAGGGAAUUUGGUUUGUCUUUGGAGGCUGUGAGGGAUUUCCAACAUCAGCCUAUGUAUACAGACUUUAAUAAUGCCAAACCUCUGUAAACAGGAUUAAAUGAGAUUGCAUCGAGUCAGAGAAGAUGAGAGACAUCACCCGAAGUGGGAGAAUAGCUACUUUGUAGUUACUUUGUAGCAAACAAAAACUACAUGUUAUAACUCUACUAGCAUUUUCUUACCAGGAUUUUCAUCAGGAUUGGAUGCCACACGAAAUCCUGAAUAGUUUGUCAAGCUCAUUUGUUGAUCCUGGAUGUCAGUGCCCAUUUUCCUGGCCUUUAAUUUGACAUGUCGUAUUUCAGCCAAAUUAGCAAACUCGGGAUGACUCGUUAUUUAACGGCAUGUUAUUGUUGUAAUUUCAAUGUAAUUGCAAAAUCACAUGUGGAGUAUUAUUAAAAGUUUAGCCCAGAGAAAAC